UGUUUUAACUCUUUUUUGCAUCUCCCAGGUGCCUCUGAGGAGGUGGCUCCUCCCAUCCAGCAAUGCUUCAUGAUCCCCAAAAAGGAGAUAAACGUGGUUUCUGACAUGGCCAAGUGGAAGCGCUCUCAGGCGUACGCAGACUACAUGGGCUUCAUCCUCACCCUGAACGAAGGUGUCAGGGGCAAGAAGCUGACCUGUGAAUACAAAGUGUCAGAGCCCAUUGAAAAGCUGGUGGCUCUGCUGAACACCCUUGACAGAUGGAUUGAUGAAACCCCGCCAGUGGAUCAGCCUUCUCGCUUUGGGAACAAAGCCUUCAGGACCUGGUACGCCAAACUAGACCAGGAAGCAGAAAAGUUGGUGGCAACAGUGAUUCCCAAGCAUUUGGCUGAUGCUGCCCCAGAAGUGGCUGUGUACCUGAAGGAAUCCGUGGGGAACUCCACCCGCAUUGACUAUGGCACAGGGCACGAAGCUGCAUUUGCAGCCUUUCUCUGCUGCCUCUGCAAAAUUGGUGUGCUCAGAGUGGACGACCAGAUGGCCAUCGUCUUCAAAGUGUUUAACAGGUACCUGGAAGUGAUGCGAAAACUUCAGAAGACCUACAGGAUGGAACCUGCUGGCAGCCAGGGUGUGUGGGGCUUGGAUGACUUCCAGUUCCUGCCUUUCAUAUGGGGCAGUUCCCAGCUGAUAGACCAUCCAAGUCUGGAGCCUCGGCACUUCGUUGAUGAGAAGGUGGUAAACGAGAACCAUAAGGACUUCAUGUUCCUGGAGUGCAUCCUCUUCAUUACAGAGAUGAAGACGGGCCCCUUUGCCGAGCACUCCAACCAGCUCUGGAACAUCAGCGCCGUGCCCUCCUGGUCCAAGGUCAACCAGGGCCUCAUCCGCAUGUACAAGGCAGAGUGCCUGGAGAAGUUUCCUGUGAUCCAGCACUUUAAGUUCGGCAGCCUGCUCCCCAUCCAGCCUGUGACAUCCUAAGGAAGCCGCGGGAGGAGCCGGAGCAGCGGAGGCACAGUGCGGCGCUCUUCCUCCUCCCCUCACCCCCUCCUCAUCGCCCUGCCCAUCCAUUCCUGCACAUCCUCAUCGGCAACCACAGAUCCAAAGCACUCGCUGGCCUCGCACGGGAGACAGGAUGGACCUGGAGCAGCUCCCCCUGCACGUCCUCACCACGGAGAUGUCCCGCCCGCGGCCAGGCCAGGGCCGUGUUUAUCCACAGCUGCCGUGUGCGGCUCCAGGCAUGGGAACGGGUUUGGGUAGGGGCUGCUUUGCAGCAAAGGCCCUCUGCUUCCCUUCCCAGGAGGAAGGGGUGUGGAGGGGAGGAAGGCACGUGUGGGUGUGUUGGGCGGUGGUAACUGCGAUUUCCCUUUUGAAUUUCAUUGGAGUUUCCUGUUGCUGUUUGCUUUGGGAAACCACCACACGGGGCGAGGUGUGAGCCUGUGCGUGUCUGUAGGCAGCCAGCUCUCCCUGCUCAGGAGGUCUGGAAUGGGUGAAGGGGGUUGUAGGGAAUGUCUGUGUGUUGUUGGAAGCCCAGGGUGCCAUCUCUCCCUUUUCUGGGUAAGGAAAGCCCCCUCCCUCUGUCUCUUCUGCAAGAUUCCCUUUCUUUCCCACUAGCACCUCUUCUCUUAGGUGAAGCUGGGAACCUUCUGGGCUGUGGCUCUGGAGCCAGAGACAAGGUCCCUGGAGGGACCUGGCUCUGUGGGAACAGCUAUGCAAAGACACUGCUCAGGCUCCCUCUUAACGGGUACAAACCCUGACACGUUCACACACAUCCACGGCUGGGUCCAACCUGCCCUCUGCACUCCCCAUGCUUUGCUGCCCCAGGGCUGGGCUGGCCUCAGUGGCACAAGGUGACCGUGUUUGCUCCUGCUUGGUCAUAAAUUGUAGUGACAGCCCCAUAGCAAAGGGAUUUCCCCAUGGAGCAGCAUGAUCCCAGCUCUUUGAGGGAGACAUCCUUGGAGCACAGGCAGCAUGAGAGGGCAGCAUGUGGCUUUACAUGCAUUUAUAUCCCCAUGCUGGAAACAAAAAGCAAAAUAGCCCAGGGCAGCAGGUUAUACCUGGAGAAAGCUCUUUUCCUUUGUCAUUCCCUGCUGGUGUUGCUGUGCUGGACCUCAGGCAGAGGGACCAGACUUCCAGUACACUUUCCACUUCCAGCAGCAUCUUGAAGGCAGGUGGUCUGGAUCACACCAGCAGCAUCACUGGAGGGGAGAAAUGGCUGGUGCUGUGUUUGAGAUGAGCUGUUGUAUCCACAGGUCUUGACCAAGGUGGUCCACAGCUUUGCAGCUGGAGAGGAGAUGCUUCUUCUUGGGCUUUCUGGGCUGGGUGUGGGGCGACAGGGCUCUGGUCUGGUGUUUGCUGAGGAUCAGGAGCAGCAGGGAUCCUUCCUCUGGCACUCCUGCAGAUCAUGGAGGGGGCAGUGGGGCUGCUCAGUGCCAGACUGCUCAGCUUUUGCUGCUGCUUUACUGCUGGGGAGGGGGAGAGAAACCUGCUUGUGAUUUUUUUUUAAUUAUUAUUUUAUUUUUAUUUUUUCAUUAUUUUUACCAGAACCUACUCACUCCCUCUCGUAAAGGUUCUCACAGGCGCUCAGGGGAGGGAGAGCAAGAAAAGAGUCUAAAUUAGGAGGCAGUGAAGUGUCCACAGAGCUGAAGUAGAGCUUUCUGGCACUGCUGCUGUCCUGACUGCUCCUGGCUUGGCCCUGGCAGGGGGUGGGGGACAAAGGGCUUUUGACCUGCCUGAAACAACUUAUAAACUUGUAUUUUAAAUGAAAAUGGAAGACUGGGAUUAAGUCUAUUUUACUUCUGAAUGAGAUGUGUUUUGUCUUGGCUUUCCAAAUGGAUCCACUCCUGGAAUGAUGGUGGAGACCCCUGUGCUUGCUGGGGCUUGAUGAGUCCAUCUCCAGCAGAGCAGCCUGUGCCUGGCAUGGAGACCCUCAGUGUCUCCACCCGUGUCCCCUCACAUUGCUGUGUGGCUUUUGGCAAGUGUCCCCAUGCUUUAAAUGGCUGUGUGGCUGUGCAGCAUCUGGCCAGCAAUGGCUGAACAAAAGCCUCUGGUCUCCCAAGUCUGCCCAAGGGUCGGGAAUGCAUCUCUCCUGGUCAUCUCGUGGAAAUGGGGCUUCCAUGCAAAAGGAUGGGUGGAAAUGUUGACAUCCGUGCAUGGGAGGGACAUCCAGAAUGUGGAAUACAGCACCAAAGAAUGGUGGAGAGAUGCUUCCUUCUCCUGCAGCUGCAGCCACUGCUCCCUGGGGAUGCUGUCCCUGGGCUUGGGACCUGCGGAGGAGGUGGGAGGAGGCUCGUGCAGAGCUGUGUUUGUUGCUUGCCUGAGUCUGCACAUUAGUCCUGCUGGGUAUUUUGGGACUUCAAGCAGCUAACUCUUAUUUGAGUCUUAUCAGCCCGCUUGGGAUGUGCCCCUGUCACGUGGCAGCCACCUGCUUGCCUCCCUCUGACUCCCACAGCGCCCGUCACGGCUUCUCGGGGCUCCGCUCCUCUCCUGGCACAUCCACACGUGUGGCACCACCCAGGGCUGCUCCGUGUCCAAAGCAGCACUUCCCACCUCCUCCCGCACUGUAGUUUGAAUUAAAGUCUCUGUGUUUUGCACCAGUGACUGUGUUGGUCUCUCUCAGACUGGGGUUUGCUCCCACUUUGGGAGUAGAGCCAGUGAAGCCGAAGGCCGGAGCCCUCGGCACAAGGAAGAGGCACUUGCUGUGUUGGUGGUUGAUCUUUUGCUUGCACCAAAAUGGACUCGUUAUUUACUGCAUGAUCAAGUGCAUCCAGUCUUUGUGUCCUUCCUGGGUGUCUCUCUGUUGUGUUGUAUGUUUUUAUUUAUUAACUUUUUUGCUGUGCCCACCCCCCUCC